GCCUGGGCAAGCGACCAUGGCUGUACUGGCGUUGCUGUUCGUGCUCGUGCAAAGCCUGAUCCAGUACCCGCAGCCAGCUGGGGAUGGGCUGGAUGAGGCCGAGCACCGGCGAAUGCAGGAGCGUCAGGAGCUGCUGGACCACGAGAUGGCUCGGCUGCUGCAGGAGCUGGAGCAGCAGGAGCAGGGCUGGGGAGCCGUGCUCUUUGGUGCUCUGCAGCAGUGGCCAUUCUGGGCUCUUGCUGGAGUCCUGCUCCUCUUGGGCCUGUGGUUCAGCUGCGUGAGAAGGAAACAUGAGUCCAGCAGCAGUGGCAAGGAGCAGAGCUCCUGCAAGACUAUAUCAGAUAUGAGAGGACAAGAACAGGAAGGAGUCACUGUUGUUUCCAAGGAAGGUGGAGAAAACAGGGAUGUGACUGUGGAGGCUGACGACAGCAGCAGAGAAGGAAGUCCUGUGGCUACAAGUGAAGGAGAUGACUAUGAUACCAUUGAAGGCAGUGAUGAUGUGAAGGUGAAGGAAGACAGUGAUGUUAAUGGUGAUGACUUAAAGACAGAUGAAGGACAGAGUGAUGGGAAUGUGCCAGGAGACAAAACUGAAGGAAGUGAAGAUGAACUUGGCAAUGUUGCUGGAAAUGCGGAAGGUCUAAAUGAAGGAAAUGAAGGAGAAAACAAGGAUAUGCAGGUGGAGCAAGGCAAGGAUGCUGGCAAGGAAGAAGGAGAUGGAAAUGAAGAAAAAUCCUGUAUUGAAAAUAUGAAGGCAGGCAACAAUGAUGACGUUAAUGAAGACGAAAAUGGCAAUGUUGCUGGAAAUAUGGAAGACGUAGAUGACAGAAAUGAGGGAGGAAACAAGGAUGUACAGGUGGAGCAAGGCAAGGAUGCUGGCAAGGAAGAAGGAGAUGAAAAUGAAGAAAAAUGCUGUGGUGCAAAUAUGAAGGCGAGCAACAAUGAUGAUGCAAACGAAGGUGAAGACAGUAUAGACGGAAAGGAUGAAUACAUGGAUGUGAAGGAGCAAGAAAGCAGUGAUGCCAGUGAAUCAAGGAACAGUGAUUGGACUAGGCAGGAAGACAGCAGUGGUCCUGGGAAUGCAGUAGACCACAGUGGUUUUACUGCAACUGAGGAAGAAAAUCAAGAAGUUACAAAAGAGGAUAACAGUGGUAGAAACAAGGAUGAUGUAAAUGUGGAGGGAAACCAGAAUGAAGAUAUAGAAGUUGAGCAAGGUGACGUGGCUGCCAGUGAAAAAGAAGGCAGUGAUGGUGGCAAGAAAGAAAGCAGCAGUGGUAGAAUGGAAGACAGAGAAGACACCCUAGAUGUGGGCAAUGAGGAAGGCAUCCUUUUGGUGGAUUGCAUACAGUGGCCUGUGGAGGAUCUGGAGAGAGGUUGCUCAGUGACAGCUGAGCUGAUGGAGAGCCUCACGCGGGUCUUUGUGGACAGCGUGAGCAAUAGCUUCUACCCGGUGCCUCAGGAAGCCAUUGGUGUGGGCAGUGCCUUUGAGGGUUGGAUUCCUCAGGAGUGGGAUGGGGUGUACCGCCUGCUGGUCCCGCUGAAUCCCCCUCCAGGGCACGCCUUCCACCUAGAGCAGAACAGCACAGGGCAGGUGGCAGCAAGGACCUUCAGUGUCCGUGUGGAGCUGGUGUGCACGUGCAAGGGGGAGCAGCUGGGCCAGAAGCUGUUGUGCUUGCUGCACCACUCGCAGGAGGAGCUGCGGCAGGAGCGCAACCUCCUAGAGACACUCUGCACCGGUUCCUACCUGGACGUGGAGAAAACCUCCCGCUGGUUCUACCAGUUGGUGAGAUGCUCGUGGCUGCAUGUGCCUCAGUGCUACUCAUGGCACUUGGUGUUUCAGCCCUGCAGCCGGUCCUGCCGAUUCCAGCUGAGCAGAGGCCAGAGGAGCCUGAUGGUGGAGAUGCUCUUUGGGGUGCGCCAAGGGGACUCGGACAUCUUUGUGAGCAGCCAGCCCGCCGAGGCCAGCUUCACUGAAAGCACAGCGUGGCCUGAGACGUACGCUGUGGCAGAGGUGAAGUUCUUCCGGCACGUUGCCAGACAGGUGCCGUGUGAGAACUUGCACCUGAAAUGCCUGCAGGUCUUCACGUGCAUCCUGAGGGGCACAGGAUUUUCCAGCUCCACCUGGAAGACUGUGGUCAUGCACGCGCUGACCAUCGUGCCGCUGUCCCGGUGGAGCAGGAGGGAGUUUGUGCUGCGGCUCUGGGACAUCAUGGGCUACCUGCGCUUCUGUGUGCACUGGAGACGCCUGGAUCACUUUGUGCUGGGCAACGAGAGGCUUCCUGCAGAGAUCAGCUUGCCACCAGCAAUGCGAGGGGUUGAGCCACUCAACCUCUUUGAGCACCUGAUCCGAGAUCCGGCCGCCCACACAGAGGCAAUACAAGCUUGUGAUCAGCUGCAAUUUUGCCUCUGGAUGCUGCUCUCCGGCCACUGAGAGGAGUUCCCUGCACAGAGCUUUGCUGGGGGAGCUCACACCCAAUGGCAGCCACGUGGACGCUGCAUUUGUCACUGGCAAUCCUGAAGCUGCUUUCCUGCUCCUGAGGAAGGAAGAUGCUGCGGCACAUGGAUUCCCUGUGCACUCACAUCUCUGCCUUGCCCUUCACCUUCCAGUUACAACAGUGCUGUUGCCUAAGUCUGUGAGGCAGAAACUGGCUCCACCUGCACAUCCUCACAGAAGAGAGUGAAGCUGCUGGAAAUUGCAUCGACCACCUUGAAGGCAGAAACCUAGCCUGUUAGGGACAUAAUGUAGUUAUUCCGUGAGCUGUAGCUUUAAUGGUUUUGUAAGGAUGUAGUUUGUAGUAUAUGAAAGCACAACAGAUAGAUUUAACUCACUUUUGCAUAGGAGAAUAGGUAGUCCCCAUUUUCAUAAUGAGACUUGUUUAGUAGCAUUCCUUUCAGAGGUCCUUUAGUGUUGUCAGUGUGUAACUAUUUUGCAGUUACCCUUAGUUUAGGGAAUUGAGCUCCCCUUCUGUAGUUGCUUGCUUGCUUUUCAGUAAUAUUUGAAUAUCUCUGUUUGAAAAAUUAAUAAAAGGAGAAAAGUUUCGC